CCAAGGGACGCGGCCAAACAGGACACCCGGUCAGCCGCCCAUGUUGCGCACGGCGAUCGCCGCGGAGGCCCGGCGGCGCAUCUCCCUUGCCCCGGCAAGAUUCGCGCACGAGCUCGCGCAGGCGCAGGCGCAGGCCCAGACGGCCGUCCCUGAGCGGGGCGGCUUUGAUCCAUCGUGGGCCCCGCUCUACAGGAGAAUCUCGAGGCUGUACGGCAGGCCGCCGGGAAUGGUGGCGGCGGAGAUGGACAACUAUCUCCGCAAGCGGCGCCCGCUCUCCGCGGACCAGAUCGUCGCCUACGUCCGGAAGCUCCGCAAGUUCAAGAGCAACGCUUGCGCGCUCGAGUUGAUGGACUGGAUGGAAUCUCGUGGAGCAAAGUUGAUACCUGGGCAUCAAGCGCUGCGGCUUGGCCUGGUUUCAAAAGUGCAUGGGAUACAGGCAGCUGAAGAAUAUUUCUGGAGCCUUCCUGAUAAGUCAAAGAAAACUUAUUCAUCUUUGCUUAACUGCUAUGGUGAACACAGAAUGGCAAGCAAAGGUCUGGAACUCUAUGAGAAGAUGAAAGUCAUGGACAUUGUUCCAAAUACACUGUUGUACAACAACUUGAUGACUUUGUACCAAAAGGCGGGCCAGCCAGAGAAAAUCCCCUCCACAUUUGAAGAAAUGCGAGAAAGUGGUAUAAGUGCUAACAAUUUUACAUAUUGCAUAUUGAUAGAAAGCUAUGUUACAAUGAAUGACCUGGAGGCUGCAGAGAAAGUCCUGGAAGAAUUGCAGAAGGUGGCUCCAGUUCACUGGUCCUUGUACACUAUGAUGGCAAACAAUUACCUCAAACAAGAGCUGUUUGGAAAGGCAGAAGUGGCCCUAAAGAAAGCUGAGGAAGUCAUGGAUAAAGCUGAGUUGUUGUCCUGGCAUUUCCUCAUCUCUUUGUAUGCCCGUUCUGGCAAUUCAACCGAGCUUAAGAGGAUCUGGGAGUCUUUGAAGUCCACAUUCAAGAAAUGCUCGAACAAAAACUAUCUUGUGAUGCUUGAAGCUCUGAGUAUGAUUGAUGACCUUGAGUCUUUGCAGCAAAUCUUUCAGGAGUGGGAAUCGAGUAAUGAACAUUACGACAUGAGGAUAACAAAUGUCAUGAUCAAAGCUUACCUUGAUAAGGGCAUGAUAGACGAAGCUGAGGCUAUCCGUCAGAGCACCAUGUCUCAGGGCCAUUGCAACGGGAGGACGGUUUACAUGUUUGCCGAGUUCUAUUUGGACAAAUCUGAUGUUACCGCGGCACUGGAGAUCUUGAGAGAUGCAAAGAAGAUGCUUACGGCACACAAAUGGGUGCCAUCGGAAAAGCUUACGAGCAGAUUUCUGAAGCACUAUGAAGAGUCAAAGGAUGUUGAUGGUGUGGAGUCUUUCUGCGAGUGCCUGAAGAAGCUCGAAUGCCUUGAUGCGGAAGCUUAUGAGGGCAUGGUGCGGACCUAUAUAGCUGCAGGUAGAACCAACCCAUCCAUUGCUCAGCGCAUCGAAGAUGAUGGGAUUCACGUUGGCCCUGAGACGACGAAAUUGCUGGAGCGUGUUUCCGGCAAUUGAAACUGAGAAGGAAAGAAACUUUGUAAGAACUCGAGGCCACUGUAGAAUUUUUCUUUAUUAUAGAGCAGAAUUAUGACUUGUUGAAGAUGUCGUUAUCUCGUGUAAAACUUGAUGUCACCGGAUGAAGUACAUGAAUUGCAAGGUCUUUUGGCAUUUUA